AUGGGCGUGAGCUGCGUGAGUGUCGUGAGUGUCGUGAGUGUCGUGAGUGUCGUGAGUGUCGUGAACGAGCAUUUCGGGUUGUGUGUGCGUUCCAACGCACCUGGAGUACAAACCGCUCGGGACGGGCGUGCAGCGCGGCACCGGAGGGUUGUGGCUACGAGGUGGGGCUCAUUACGGGUCGCAGGCAGCCUGGGAGCCGUCGGACUAAUGUACGAGACAGGAGAGCGCGGCAGUGCGGUGCGACUGUGGGUGCUCGUCGACGCGGAGGCCGCCAGGACAAUCAAAUGCAUCAGCAUGUUGAGCAGCCUGGAGCCAUGGCGUGGCACAGAGACCAAGCCGAGGGAGUCAGACGGACGGCUCGCCGCAAGUGGCAGCGACGACGGGUGGUUUCGUCGUAGACAGCGUCCAAUGCGACGAGGCCUUGACCGCCUGCCGCGAAACACGAAGGUGCGCUGGCGGCCUCCAGGGCGCUGCUUCUCUGGAACCUGCUCGCACUCCCAAGUCGCUCCAGCUGCCCCCGCUGUGCAACGCGCCUCGCCAUCAGCCUGCUGCGCAGUUGGGCUCCUCUGGUGCCGACCGACUGCGCGCUGCAUCGUGAUUGGCUGCCGGGCCCGUCGCAGCGCACGCCCAUCCCAUCUCACCUGGGACCGACGCAUUCGCGCUGCGCUGUCGAGUCCGCCGUGCUCCCGUCCAGCCUCCAGCCUCCAGCCUCCAGCCUUCCCGACGGUGCCCCCCCCGAGCCUCACGCGCGCGGACUGCCCCCGACCGACUGGCAGUUUCCGCAGGUGCACCCCAGGCGCCAGUGCCGGCGCCUGCCUGUUUACCGACUCAUCCACGCCCCGGCCGCACCGCGCAUCGAGCGUGGCCAAAAUCCGCGCCGGAAAAGCUGUGCAGAAGCAGCAGGAACCGCCCAUGGCGAUAGGCGAGCCACAGUUACACACGCCGAGCGUCCCGCGCCCCGAUAGCGCCGUCAAUUCUGUCUGGGGACUUCCCGCACCGAGACGCGUCCGCGACGUCGACAAUUGCUUCUCCCGUGCCGAAUCUGGCGCGCCAGCGAGCCCAGAGCACAUAGCCCGCAGCGUCGUGCGUUGCGCGCCUGUGCGACCGACUGUCGCCAACAUGCCCAGCUUCCUUGCGGCUGACAAUGGCGAGUCGAGCAGGAGCCGGAGCAGGCAGAGGGCGAGGACCGACGUGGGCGAGCACAGGAGCGUGUGGGACCGACUGAGCUUCCAGAAGAUUGGCAGCUGGCUGAAGAAGGACGACGGCCCGUCAUCGCCAACCAAGGACACUGCGCAGCCCGAAGCCGGCCAGGAGAGCGCGAGGCCACACUCUAGUGGAGAGCAUGCCGCCGCACCCGCCGGGCUGCUGCACCGACGGUCGAGCAGGAAGGUCGUCCCUGGGCUGCCGAGGCCACUGACCUUUAAGAGAAUGAACAGCGAGAAGAGAGAGAAGCUCCUCGAGGUCCCCGUGUCCCCCGAGCAGAGGCGAGCCACGUCCGCCGACCGACGAGCAUCGAGCGGCUUGAAACGACAACUGUCCCCGCCUCCCGUGGCCGCUCCUUCCAUGUCCGCCCCCGAUGUGCUUAGUCCACAUAGCAGUGAAGCCGAGCAAAGGCCCCAUUCCACAAUAGGCGGCGAGCCAGACUCCAAUAUCCCGCCCGGGUCAAGGCAGGUCGACUAUGGGCUGGAGAGCAUAGAUUACCUAUCCAUGGGAGAACCGCCUCCUCUUUCCAUGGCCGACGACGAUUACUUGGAAAGAGACUCGCAGCGCUCAACGUCAGACGUGGACGACGUGCAGCUCCAGGAGGAGCUUGAAGCAAAAUGGAUACUCAAUCUCAGCAUGCACUUCCGCGACAUGUCAGAUCGUGAGAAGUUCUUCAUCACAUUCGCUGAGGAGCCAAAUAAGUGGAGAAGAGUCACUGUCUCGGUAGACUACCGUAAACUUGAGCCUGAGUCGCUCGAGGCCGAUCUAAAAAGUCUGCACUACCAGCGUGAUAAGAGCGCAAGGAUAUACGAAUCCAUUCGGGACUCCUUACCAGACAUACAAUUCUACGAAACAGUAACUAAUCUCAAGCUCCAAACUGACGACGGGCGCCUUCACGUCCAUGUCACCGAGGAUGUGAACGAAAUCAUACCAUACCCUCCCCUUUCUGCUUUAGACCAUCUCGAUUGCAAACAGUUUCGAGAAAGCGACAUUUGCUUCGAUUCCCACAUCUCUGGCUUCGUAUACAAAAUCUCCGUUCGCAACAAGACGUACAUCAAAAAGGAGAUACCGGGCCCAGAUGCUGUAGAGGAAUUCUUGUACGAAAUAAACGCACUAUGCAGCCUCUCAGACGCAAAGUCAGUGAUCAAGUUUGAAGGUGUCAUUGUCGACGAAAAAAGCGAGCUCAUUAAAGGAUUGCUCAUUAGCUAUGCAGAGCAAGGCGCACUCGUUGACCUGAUAUAUGACUACAAGAACUCGGAGCAGAUGAGCUGGGAGCGGCGAGAGAGAUGGGCCCGACAGAUUGUCGAGGGCUUGUCCGAAAUUCACGAAGCCAGCUUUGUCCAGGGUGACUUCACUCUCUCCAACAUCGUCAUCGACCAUGACAACAACGCAAAAAUAAUUGAUAUAAACAGACGUGGAUGCCCGGUUGGAUGGGAACCCCCAGAGCUUGCUCGGCUCAUUGAGAGCGGCCAGCGCAUUUCCAUUUACAUCGGCGUCAAAUCCGAUCUAUUUCAACUUGGCAUGGUCUUGUGGGCUCUUGCAACUCAAGAAGAUGAGCCCGAACGUCAAGAGAGGCCGCUGACUAGGUCGCUAAAUAGAUACAGCGCAGUGCCAGAGUACUUCAAAGACAUCGUAAGAGCUUGCUUGAGCGAUUCGCCUCGGGACCGACCGUCUGCAAAGGACAUACUGAAAAGAUUUCCCGAUAGGACGCUGGAGCGCAGUCGGACUGUUGACCAUGCUUCGCGACAGAGUGUCUCCCCGCACAGAAGCGACAAAGUGUAUAUCGACCCUCGAACAGCCGUUGGCCUAGACGACAUCCAUCCACGACUACAUCACUCGCACUCUCGCUCCUCUUUCUCGCACGUCAACAUGCCCUCCACGGAAUACAUCGGGUCGUCUGGAUCCUAUAUAUUGCCAAGCUCCACGCAAGCUCGCGGCCGAUCUCAGAACGCACCACGAAGCGACAGCCAAAAUCCGCGUUCGGAAUAUUCGCCUUAUCCAGCCCCGCGCUCAGUCAUGUCGCUCGAUGACUCCGAACUCGAAAACGAGCUUGCCAGCUUACCCGCCAGCCGAGAAACAAGAUGGGAGCAAGUGUACGUGGAUGGCGACACCAAAUUGGUACAGAGGGGCUGCGCAGAGAUUGAUGUGCAAGACUUCGGCAUUCAAGAACCCAAAGAUAUCUGCAUUACCACACCGCCAGGCGAGCUUGACAGCUCGCUGAUCGCCAGCAAGCACUCGGACGAGACCUCGCUCUCUCUUACCACCGUUGCCGGGCUUCCGUACGACUCGCAGCAUUUGGGACAAACCACAAUGUCAAGGGAUACGAGCCACAGAAGAAGCAUCGAGAACAAGGCUUCCUUCAGCGAUCGCGUCCACCAACUUGCCGAUCUACCUGCAUCCGACGAGCGAGCUGCUUAUAUACCCAACCCCACUACUCUGGCCGACCUCGAGAACGAAAUAGCGUAUGCUUCGUCGGUUCCCUCCUCCGCAGCCCCCUCCCGCGUCGGGACAGGACUCUCCGAGAUUUUUGCGCGGCCUACGCAUAAAGAUUCAGGCUUCAGUGAGCCAAUACUAGAGCGUGUUAGCUUUGAUAAUGAGCACGUGCGACAGAGUCUGGAAGGCACCAUGGCCGAUAUCAAGUUUGCGCACCAAGAAGACCAGCGCGUCAACGAGCGAUUGUGGGAUGAAAAAGAUGUCGCCAUCGGCAACGGCGUCAGAGGCGAGCAGCUCCUCAUUGGAGCGGAGUCCUCACCAUCGGCCCAUACGGCUUCGGUUUCUAAGAACUAUGUCACGGAACACGAAGCGCAACAGAAGCUUCUGGGAGAAAAGGUUUCGGACACCACGAUCCGACCGCCCGGCAUACUCAUACCGGAUUUCCAUCACACAGUUCCGAGGGCUGUGGAUGCGAGUCCACCCAUCCAUACACCUGCUUCAUCACACCGCGCAGCGCCGGCAGAGCCACUGGCUUCGUCAUACACAUCCACAUCUUCAACCUCGCGAUCUAUAUGCUCCUUCGAUGCAGCCCCAAAAGUUUGAAUACUUCUCCG